AUGCCUCGGUACUAUUGUGACUAUUGCGAUACCUAUUUGACCCACGAUUCUCCAUCUGUGAGAAAGCAGCAUAAUUCAGGUUACAAACACAAGGCAAAUGUGAGGUCCUACUACCUGCAAUUUGAAGAGCAACAAACACAAAGUUUAAUUGAUCAGAGGAUUAAGGAACAUCUUGGGCAAGCUGCGGCGUUUCAGCAAGUUGGUGUAGCUUUUAACCCCAUGAUGGCUCAAAGGCCUUCUAUGCCCAUCUUGCCACCACCAAGAUUUCCAAUUCCUGGAAGUGCACCAGGCGUUGGUGGUCAACCACUAUAUCCAGGGAUGAGACCUCUUAUGCCAAGGCCAGGUCCCAUGGGUCCAGGAUAUUAUUCUGCACCUGGCAUGCCACCAACUUUACCUCCACCCGGCGCCCCCUUGAUACCUGGUCAAGCAAAUACCCUACCCAGGCCCCCGACACUAGCUCCUCCGCCGAUGGUUCCUGGAACCAAUUCAUCAGCGCCAGCCUCCAAUGGUGCUCCUCCCAUGGUUUCAUCAGCAAUGUAUCCAACCAGUUCAUCAGCACCAUCAACCGGAGGCUAUGAAAGUUACAAUGCUAACGCUCAACCACCAUCAACUGGAGGCUAUGAAAGUUACAAUGCUAACGCUCAACCACCUGAAGGCAAUCACUAA